GUUUUUUGUGCCUCCUUCUCACUGCUUUCACAUUUCAUUCACUUGGAUCCAGACCCUUUAGAAGAGAGAACCUAACUUGAUGAAGAAACUUUUAUGCUCCAGCCCUCAUGUGGUACUCAGAACAUUGCUGUUAAUGGAAGAAUUCAUGUAUAAGUGCAGAACAAGAAGGGCAAUCUAAUCUGGAAGGAAAUGGCAGGAUUCUUGGACAACUUCCGGUGGCCAGAAUGUGAGUGUAUUGACUGGAGUGAAAGAAGAAAUGCCAUUGCUUCCAUAGUUGCGGGUGUAUUGUUUUUCACAGGUUGGUGGAUAAUGAUAGAUGCUGCAGUAGUUUACCCUAAGCCAGAACAAAUGAACCACGCGUUCCAUACCUGCGGGGUGUUUUCAACUCUAGCUUUUUUCAUGAUAAAUGCUGUAUCAAAUGCACAGGUGAGAGGAGACAGCUACAGUGAUGGAUGCUUAGGAAGAACAGGUGCUCGUGUCUGGCUCUUCAUUGGCUUUAUGCUGAUGUUUGGUUCACUGAUUGCUUCAAUGUGGAUUCUUUUUGGAGCAUAUGUUACACAGAACACUAAUGUUUACCCUGGAUUAGCAGUGUUUUUCCAGAAUGCAUUGAUAUUUUUCAGUACCCUGAUCUACAAGUUCGGAAGAACAGAGGAGCUAUGGGGAUGAGAGAUCAGAUACAGCAUUGUCUAUUCCAUAGUUGAUCUGUUGUACUCUGUAUGUAGAUAUUUACGUUUAUUUGUUCUCGUUUUGCUCUCUAAAUUGUAUGAACUGAGACAAACUACGAUUUCUGUAAUAAGCUCUCUCUUUUCAUAGGACAGACUUGUGAAUAUGUACAUAUGACUGUAUAUAUCUUAAAAAGGGAAAGUCAGGCUUUCUGAAAUCUUCAGGCUUAUUUCUUCAAAUACAUGAGUUUCCAUUGACUGUUAAGAUUCGAUCUUCCAAACCUUCUCACGUGUGAGAGACUUCAUUUGAACUGCAAGUGAAUAAGCGGGAUGGAAGGGGUUGGUAUCUUUAUGCAUAGGUGAGCUAUUGCUGGUUGUUAAGUGCUGCUUGUACACCUGGAGGGGAGCUGUAGCUCAUUGAAGUGACCCUUCAUUUCCUGAGGGUAAAUCCUACUGUACGCUGAGUUAAGGGUUGAGUUUUAUAUGUUUCUGAACGGUUAUUUCCAAUUAGCCAGUUAUAUUUUUGUAAAAGGUUCUGAGUUUUUAAACAAGACCCUGUUUUAAGUAGGUUCUGCAUGACCAAUCCAACUGUACUUGAUUACCAUUGCACAAAUGAAAUUUGGUAGCAGCACAGAAUGUAUUUCUUGCUGUUCAGUGUAAUAGAUGCCAAUCAAUAUUUAUUGUAUUUACUGAUAACUAGAAUUUUAAAAACCCUGCAGCUGAUGCCAAUUGUCUUUAGGGAAUAGAAAGAAUAGGUGAGAAACAGACUGACAGCUUUAAAUUAUGCUCAAAUAGCUUUUCUUCGGGGGAAGCUUUUUGUUGAGAAAUGAGCAGUUCUGCUGCUACCUACAUAUUACCUUAGGUAAUAGAACAGGUGAGUGUUUCAAAUGGCAAUAUAGCAGAUUGCGUUAUUGCUACCAGUCUUACCUUGAAAGAAUUGCCAGUUUUAGGACUGUCGCUUGCCCCAGUUAAAAUGUGUUUAUAUUCCAAAUCCAAAAGUUAUUUUAUAGGGUGUUUUAUAGGAGCGUUUUCAUUAUUGAAGUCCAUUUUCUUCUAGCCGGAGUGUACAGAAAGGGAGAACAGCAGUGUUUUAUGGCUUUGGACUGAUGUUGUGUAUUCAUCUUGCUGUUGGUCACAUCCUUGUAAGUUUUAUGUGUUUUUAAAGCAAUUGAAUCUACCUUGUAUCUGAGAGCUUUUACAACUUCCCAUGUAUCAAGAUUGCUGACCAAAUGGCAUUAAACUUCAGAAUGUAACUUACGUGCAUGGUUACUGCAUACUGUUAGUAAUCUCAUUUCUCCCUUGUGGGAAUCUUCCCAGUGGACAGAAUAUGAAGCAAAUGCUGCAGCUGAAACUGUGCUACUGGCUAGACUAACUUCCAUGCUCAUUUUGUCAUCCUGCAGUGAGUUACCAUAUAUUUGCUGGUGUUAAUCGCAGCUUUGUACAUACAUUGUCUGGUUGGUUGUAAUUCCAGAAAACUGCAAUAAACUUUAUCUUCUGUUCUCCAAA